GAAAUACAUAUCUAAUAGCAGUUUGCUUACAACUAUCAAAUAUACAUAUCAAAUAUCAUAUCAUAGCAUAGAAUACGCAUACCAUAGUAUCUACUUAUCAAAUCUAUUUUAAUCCAUAUUGCAUCGUUUGAGAUUUUCUAUUUAUCUUUCUUCCCCCUUUAUUACUGCUCCUCCUCACUUUUCUGUUUUUGGGUUGGUUUCGUCUAAUACAUCACACAUCAUCAUUAUCUAUCUACAAUCAUAAUGGCAUCAAGACAAUCACAAAAGAGAUUAACUAAAGAAUAUAAAUCGAUACAAGUCAAUCCACCUCCUUAUAUCAUUGCUAAACCUAAUGAAGAAAAUAUCUUAGAAUGGCAUUAUGUAAUAACUGGUCCUCCAAAUACUCCCUUUGAAUUAGGUCAAUAUCAUGGUAUAUUAAGAUUCCCUACUGAAUAUCCAUUUAAACCUCCAUCGAUUUCAAUCAUUACUCCUAAUGGUAGAUUUGCUUGUAAUACCAGAUUAUGUCUUUCGAUGAGUGAUUAUCAUCCUGAUACUUGGAAUCCUGCUUGGAGUGUGGCAACCAUUUUAACCGGAUUAUUAAGUUUUAUGACGGGUGAUGAAUCUACUACUGGAUCCAUCGUUACAAGUGUUGGUGUAAAGAAGAAGUUGGCUAGAGAUAGUAAGAAAUGGAAUCUUAAUGAAAAUCCCAGAUUUAAAAAGUUAUUUCCUGAUUUAGUGAUUGAAAAUAAUCAAUUCAUAAAACAACAAGAACAAUUACAAAAACAAAAUGAACAUAAUCAUGAUACUUCUAAAAGCUCAAUUGCUGAUGAUGAAAAACCAAUCAAUAUUCUUGAUAAUAUUGAUCGUUUGGAUCCAGAAGAUAGAGCAAGAUUAUUAGUGGAAGCAAAUAAUAUUAAUGCUGCUAAUGUAGCUGUUAAUGGAGUUGCUCCAGGAGUAGGUGUUCAAAAUAGUUUUGGUAUCACCAUUGUUGGAGUGGUAGUUGCUGCAUUCUUAGCUGCCUAUUUCAGUCUUAUUAAAAGAGGUUGAUCCAACUCAUUUUAUGUGUUUUUAUUGUUUAUUAGUUUGAUAUUUCCUUUGGAGGGUAAUUCUUAUUCAUCUACCUGUCUAUCUUGUUCAAUUCUGGUCUUGUUAUGAUAUUAUACGUUUAUUAUAGUUCUUUUUCAACUCUACAUUUUUCUUUUCUUUUUUUUGGUUAUGGUUAUAGGAUUUGCAAAUAAAUGCUUCAGUUUUUU